AUGCCUCAUGCGCGUAUCGCGUAUUUCUUCGAACUCCAAGCAAGCGAGAUUGGAGCAAUCGUUAGGAAGCAGAGACGAAAGGCGUUUACAGUUAAUGAACGAUCUGGGUGUCUCGACGUGUCAGACCGAGUGUCGAAACACCCGCUCGCGCGGACGCAUUUCAACAUGAACAAGUUUGGGCGAGCGACGGAAGAGGAUUAUUUGCUCGUGGCAGAAGUGAUCGAACAGAUGGCGAAAGAUGCUCAACAGCAACUAUCGGUGCCGUCGAUGCAGGUCGCACCUGCAAGCCGGCGGCGAGUCAACUAUUUCCGAGGUCGCCAAAAGCAGCUGGAACGAAUUCAGGAAUACUUUACGGACGAUGCCGCGGACGAAUGUCGUCCCACUUAUGCGGAGAUGUUCUGGAUCAAUGCGAGUUCGGAGACGAUGGCCGUACAGUCGUUAGAGCGAGUGGCAGCGGAGAUUAGGCAACCGCUGACGGGAAUUGACGACACUCGAACCAAAAUCCGACUGGUCGUCCAGGCGCUGGCGCGACGGAGCAAGCGAUGGCUCAUGGUGUUGGAUAACUAUGACGACCCGGAUCACUUUACGAGUAUUGAGCAAUUUAUCCCAUCUCAUAGCAUGGGCGACAUUCUUGUCACCAGUCGCAGUAAAGGACUGGAAGGACUCGGACGAGUCGUAAUAGUACCGCCUAUGACGAAUCAGGAAGGGAUAGAACUCCUCUUAUACGACUAUCUAACGUCUGAGGUGUUACGAUAUACGCCCCGGCGAUUCUGGAAAUACGGCACGGUACAAGUCGACGGGAAAGAAGAAGACAACCGGGCGAUUAGCGCAUUCACGACGUGGGAGAUGUCAUUUCAGCAGUUGGAAGAAGACGAGGCGCGGAGGGGCGACAUUGGGUACUUCUUGACGGUGUCGGCCUUCUUCCAGCCCGACCGGAUUGACGAGUCACUGUUCCGCUACCACUGGGAAUGGACGCAACCGGCGCCGGCAUGGAUGAGGAUAUUUAGUCAUGAAGAUUCCGGCAGCAACGACUGGUCUCGGUCGUCGGAAUCUGACAGAGUCUCCGACAGCGACCCAGAAGGUCCUGCAAUGGCUCCGGCAGGAUCCGGGUCAGACGCAGAAGACGAGACGCCAGUGGUAGAUCGAGAACCGUGGAAUGUAGAUCUAUUUUGGGAGUUGAUCUCAAAGGCGUUCGAUCUCUCUCUGUUAGAUGGCAUCGCUGGUGGCGCGUCUAUCGAUGAGGCACGCUUCUCGUUACAUCCGGUGAUCUGCGACUGGCUGUAA